CGGGCCACGGUUCACGGAAAACGUACCACCCUCGCGAUCAACCGCGGAGUACAAUGAAGUGUGCAAAGCUUCAUUUACAACAACGGGUUAAAGGGAAACUCAAAAGGGAUGAUACAUCAACUCCGGAGAAACCUAGAAGAUACUGUCAGAGGAAAUUAGUGAACCCUAGCCAUGAAGAAGAUCCUAGAUGGAUAGAUAUUUUUGACAGGUUCCACGUCAACAUGAAAAGUGAGGACUAUGGUGAUGUGAUCGACAGCGUACGUGUUCCUCAAGAAAAUGAGGAUAUGGUGUUAACUGUUCAAACCUUGAAGUUUCAAGGCGACGUCGAUCAGACUAUACGACCAAGAACUAGCUUCAAAUAUAAGAAGAACACAGACGUAAACAAACACAGAAUGUUUGUCAAACAACCUGUUAGCGAUCAUGACUUCAGUGAUGAUGAUGAUAGGUCAUCACAACUCACUUAUUAUUACUUCGACGAGUACUUAAAAUACAUAUACAGCACCGAUCGAUCAAGGCCCGCCUCCAGCAUCUCCAGUACAUACCUAAAAGGCUACAACAAAGACAAAGAGAUACAAAAUAAAGCGGCACAAGUUGAAAUAUCCUUGAACGAUACCAAAAAGUCCCGAAAAGCCGAAUCUAAAAUUAAGAAUAACGUAAAAAAAUAUCCUAAAAGACAAGUUACAGACGAAAUUAAAGACGUCGCCGAAACUAUAGAAAAUACGAAAAUUACUUAUCAAAAAAGUGGAAAAAGGAAAAGUCUCACGAUAUCCCGGGCUCAAAGUCCCGAGACAGUUCAGGUAAUUCGAGUUGAUGUUGUUUGUAAUUAUACAAACAGUGCCACAUCGGACUAUGAAGAUAUAAAAAAGAUUGAGUGUCCGACAGAGAGGUUGGAAUCAAUUAAAGAAAAUAAUGUUGUAAACAAAAAAUAUUUCUCGAAUAAGUACAGUAAUCAUUUUGCGACAAAAUAUCUUCUGACGAACACAAUAAAGUCGCUAGAUGAGAAUCUGUCUGGUGGGGCUAAGGUGACACUACUUUGUAAGACGUUUAAGUUAUCUGAUCGCCACAUACCCGAGAAACCAGAGAGAGAAAGGAAGUUCCCCAAAGCAACAAAAGGAAAAAAAAGUUACAAAUUAAAAAGUAACAAAAUCAAGCAUCAUAACAUAAUUUAUUAGAAAAGUACGUUUACGACUUUAUUAUUAUUACU